AUGGAAGUAGUACAGCAAAGGCGAUUCACGCUAUGCCAGCCGAAACGCAAUGUCACCUGCUCCGCUCUCGCACCACCCCUUGCAGGGAAGGAGUACAGCAAGGCUGAUUCGCGCUACGCCACACGAGACGGCUGUGUGCUCUCUGUUGAGGCAGUCACUGCGUUCAUUGAAGGGCCUGCUUGCUUCCUCAUCCUGUAUGCCAUAGCAGCCCGAAACCCCUUCUCUCCGCUCCUCCAGUUCGCCGUCUACCUCGGCCAGCUAUAUGGUCUGGCGUCGCGGCGCCCCUUCUCCCCGCUCCUCCAGUUCGCCGUCUCCCUCGGCCAGCUGUACGGCGACGUCAUCUACUUUGCGACAAGCUUCCUGGAAGAUUCCAAGCACUGCCAUCCGGACCCGAUCUACUUCUGGGGGUACUUUAUAGCGAUGAACGCCGUGUGGAUUGUGGUCCCCUUUGCCAUCCUCUGCCGCUGCUGGGGGCAGAUCACGGCAGCCAUGGCAGCUGCGUAUGCAGCUGGGGGGAGUGGUGUCGGUGGUGGUAGUGGGGGGAUGAAUGGGGCAGUGAAGAGCAGACGGACAAAGAGGGAAUGA